AUGGGUUAUUUAAAAGGAUGGAAGUAUGUUGCUUUCAUAUCAGCUUUCGUUGGCAGCAUAGGACUAGCAACUUACCCAAUUAUUAUUCAUCCAAUGAUACAUGUUGAAGAUUAUAGUAAGUUUGUUUUUGCCAAAUGUUAUAUUUCUAUAAAUCAUAUUAUUUUCACUGGAAAACACACAAGGGUAUGGGGGUUUUAACAUUUAAUGAAAUAUAAAUUACCCUUUACUUAAUGUUUAAAUUUUUAAUAAUAAAUUGAUUUGAAACAAAGAUGAAUCUGAUAAAUAUUUUUUUGAGAAACCCCUCUAAAAAUUGUACCUCCUUUUGCUUUGGAUUAUAUAUAUUAUUAAUUAUACUUAAAUACUCAACAAUAACAAAAUAAAUAAUUUAAUUUGCAUACUGUACCUACGUACUAUUGUGAUAGCACUUAACGAUUUUCAUUUUUUUACAAUUAUAAUAAAGUUUAUAAUUUACCUUAAAAAAUAUUUCUAUUGUACAGUCUUUAUAGUACACAAGCUAUAGUUACAGAUGCUGCAUGAAAUCAACCAUCCCAUUUUUGAAUUUUUUUUAUAUCUGAACCUGCUCCUUAACUUCAUGUAUACUUAAUUUCCAUCACUACUACAUUUCCAAACUCACAAUCAAAACUAAUUUUUGUUUACCUAUAAUUUUGUAAUACAUCAUUUUUUUUAAAUAUUAAUGAAGGUAAUAAAAUGAUACUAGACAAUAUUAUAAUCAUGGCUAAAUAUAUAGGUAUGAUCAGAACUGUAUUCCAUAGCUUUUCAAGGAGAGAAAACUGAGCUGGCAGUUAUAUUUAUUACUAGUUAGAUUAAAAUAAGAUGAGAAUCACUGCCAGUGGCAGCCAUUGCACCUGCGUAUCAUAAAGUUGUGAUUGUACUUAUAUAUUUAGCCAUGAUUAUAAUAUUAGUGUUUUUUUAAUAACUAAACAACAUUAAAUUACUUUUUAUUAUAAUACCACUUACCUAGUUUUUGACAAGACUAGUUAUUUUUUGAUCAAAAAAUGCAAAUAAUAAUAUAAAUAAUUCUAUAUUGAAGUCAUAUGGCUUAUGGUAGCUCAUAAUUUACUAAAUAAUUAAAUUUAGUAACUACUGCCUAAAAAAGAUUCAGUAUCAUGUGCUAUAACUAUAUUAUACAUUGCCCUUUUUACGCGGAGAUCACAAAAUCAACAUACUAGACCAAUAUGUAUAAUAUACAUUGUAUACCUUCAAAUUAGUAAACUCGCGUCAAACAGUCCCUAUAAACCUUAUAGACUAGCCAUUUUUGGAGCGAAUGAAUAUGCUAAUGAGACAGAGCGUGUACAAGAUUUGCGGCCUUUCCAUAGAUAUGCCACUUCUCAUGUUCCAUACCAGUUAAAAAUAUCAAGGAAUAGGUAUGUUUACAACAAUAUGGGAAGCACCCAUCUAUCACAUCACCAUUUGCAAAAGAUUAUCGUUAGUUUGCGUGACUUACUUCCACACCAUUCACAACGUAAAGACAGGAAACCCUCCUCAAUGGUGUAGUCAAUCAGAAUGUAAGGACAAUCAGAAUAGAGUUCAGGCUAAUUGAGUUUAAAAAAUGGACCAAAUUUAGACAACAAUGAAUUGUAACCAAAUGGUAUAAAUUAAAUCAUUAAUGGGACCACCACUCAGAAUAGUAAGGUGGAUAUUAUUGCCUUAGAUUGUAGAAAGAGCCACAAUCUUAUUUUGGAUUUCACUAUUCGAUAGGAAACUAAUGAUAAUACAUAAGAUAUAACAGUCAACAAAAGGAAAAAAGCAAUCUACAUUCCGUGUAUACCAUACCUAAUAUAAUACUAUGGCAUAACCCAGUGAAAAGUUACGAAUUUGUAAUUCUGUUCUUUCUAUAUGCUGGUAAAUUUUAAUAUCUGAUCAGGGAUGUUUACAGAAUGUAAUUUUGAGGAGUAGGAUUCAUAAGUAAAAUAAUAAAAUAUUUUAAAUAAAAAACUAAUAUAAUAUUAUGUAGUUGAAGUAACUUUUAUCAAAUCUGAUGUACAAUUUGUACAUUUACGCACUAUUUUAAUAUUUUAGAAAAGUCACAACAAAUGAACCGCUCACAAUUAGAUCCAUCUAAAAUAAAUCCAAAUGCUGCCGGAAGUAAGUAACUUUUAUAGAAUAAUAUUUGUUAAUUAAUAUUAAAUAAGUUUUUUUAAAAGUAUAAGUUUAUAAGUUUAUAAGUCUUUUUAAAUAAGUUUCAAAUAUUUUGUUAUAGACAUGAAUACGUGGACUGAUCCAUUUGUUAGAACAAAAGAAGAAUAA